CCGGAGGCGGGGAGCGGGCUCAGGCCAGCCUGCGAGGUUUCGCGUGCGGGUGUAAGGUGGAAGGUCUCGUUUCAUCCUCCUUGCCUCGCUCAGCCGGCAGCAUGUCUCAGGCUGAAUUUGACAAAGCUGCAGAAGAAGUCAAAAACCUGAAGUCCAAACCAGAUGACCAGGAGAUGUUGUUUAUCUAUAGCCACUACAAACAAGCCACAGUCGGAGAUGUAAAUACAGAUCGCCCUGGUAUGUUGGACUUCAAAGGCAAGGCUAAGUGGGAUGCCUGGAACUCUUUGAAAGGAAAAUCCAAAGAAGAUUCCAUGAAAGCUUAUAUUGCAAAAGUGGAAGAACUAAAAGGAAAAUAUGGAAUAUAAAAGAACCUGGAUUCAGACAUCAGCCAUGCACUCGAAAGCCAAAUUAAAAUAAUGCUUUGAUUUCCUAAUCCUGUGAUCAAAGUCAAGCCUGUGUAAAUAAUGUGCAGCAGUAAAAGUUGGCAUGGCUACUCUAGGCCCAUCACGUUGUAUAGCUGUUGAAUUGGAGAUCGAAGCAGUUACUAAUCUUGGCUCAGUAGCUUUCUUUAAUCUGUAAAUCAAUAAAGUGCAUUUGUUACUUUAA